GAAAAGCAGCCUCCUGGUCCGAGCGCUCAGGUAGAGACGCGAGCUCGUUAACGGAGACGGGGACGCGUCACUAGGCACAAACACGGAGACCUUGGGGCUGUGACGCAGGCUUUCUCGAGGAUAAUCCACAAAGGCUCGUGAGAGCUUUUUACGGAACUUGUUCCAACUUUUCAUUUCAUGCUCGUGACCCUGGCUUAUGGUAUGUAUUCAUAUUGUAUAUGAAGCACUUAUAAGAAUAUUAGCACACAAAGUAGAGACGUAUCCUUUUCCUUCUCAUUUUCUCAUCUGGCUGAAUAUGAUGUUGUCUGAACUCAUGUCGGAAACAUGGCGUGUUAUCUUUCCAGCCUCUUAAACGUGCUGCAUUAAGCACCCGACCUUCUUGAACGCAUGUUACACAGAUGCACAGAUCUACAGCCUCCAGCCUCAUUUACAGCGCAGAUCACGCCCAGCAACAGAGUUUAACUACUUACCCAACUUUAAAUAUCACUCUAACCUUGACUUAUCAAGCCUCUGGCUUCAAACCAGCCGCCACCUGUUUCCACAAAGCCACUGCGUAAAACUACGCACGUAGAAAAACACACUUUCUGCGCUUCCAUCGUGUUUUCAAUUAACACGCGCCUCAGAAUAGCCUCACGCCUUAUUUAUUCGCCUCACGACUCCCUAUUACCCGCAAUUAGAGCCGAACUGUUCCGCCUCUUGCGGGCUCUAUCGCAGCACGCCAGUGACGAGACAGGAGUCAGUGAAUUCAUCCGUGGCCAAGUGGCGCAUCGCCCCUCAGCGGCGGAUGCGCAGCUCCGAGCGCGUCAAAGCGCGAGGUGGUUGUGAAAACGUGGAUCAGUAAUGAAGAAUCUGUAGAAUGCCCAUUAUACCGAUUAACUCCCUCUAUUUCCGCUUUUAUCGUCACGCAGAACAGCACUCACUUUGCGUUGGCUCGAUAAUUUGUGACGCUCUCCUUGAAUGGAGCGAGCAGAUUUUACUGGGACUGACUUGUCAUAAGCCGAGCGCAUCCGCGGACGCGGGAGCGGCGCGGACGCGCGGACGCGCGGCUGCGUGUUCGCUGGAGCGCGGCGAGACAAGCAUGUGUUCAGCUCCUACAACAGGACACCUGCAGCCUGGCUGGGACCCCGCGCACCGGCUGCGCCACUGCAUUUGACUGGGGACGCAAUAAGUGAUGUUUUGCGUGUUCUAAGUUGGAUGGUGUCUGAAAUCAACGAUGGAUUUUUCUAACAGUUCAAAAUUUGCCCUCGGGGACAUUAAUUCCACAACAGCUGCAGAUGGGACCCACACCAGCAGCCCCAUCCUCCCAGCCAUCUUUGGCAUCAUCUGCUUACUGGGCAUAAAGGGCAACUGCAUCGUUAUCUACACCAUCAUGAAGAGAACCAAAUGUCGAGCCAAACUCACCGUUCCCGACAUCUUCAUCCUGAAUUUGUCAUUCGUUGAUCUUCUGUUCCUUCUCGGGAUGCCAUUCCUCAUCCACCAGUUGCUGGGCAACGGAAGCUGGCACUUUGGUGCCGCGAUGUGUACGGUGAUCACGGCGCUGGACUCCAACAGUCAGAUAGUCAGUACCUACAUACUCACUGUCAUGACCCUCGACCGCUACUUGGCCACCGUCCACCCCAUACGCUUCAACUACAUCCGCACCCCGUUCGUGGCUGCGCUGGUCAUUGGGCUGGUGUGGGCCCUGUCUCUCCUCACCAUCAUCCCCGUGUGGAUGUACGCGGGCCUGAUGUCCCUCCCGGACGGCCUGGUGGCCUGUGCCCUCCUUAUGCCCGACCCAGUGACGGACACAUACUGGUUCACGCUCUACCAGUUCUUCUUCGCCUUCGCCGUGCCCUUGCUCAUCAUCUGCCUGGUGUACUUCAAGAUCCUCCAGCACAUGUCCACCAGUGUGGCACCGCUGCCCCCGCAGAGUCUGCGGGUCCGCACCAAGAAGGUGACCCGGAUGGCGGUGGCCAUCUGCGUGGCGUUCUUCAUCUGCUGGGCGCCUUUCUACAUCCUGCAGCUCGUCCACCUAGGGGUGCAGAGGCCGAGCCUCGCUUUCUCCUACGCCUACAACAUAGCCAUCAGCAUGGGCUACGCUAACAGCUGCAUCAACCCCUUCCUCUACAUCACGCUCGGUGAGGCGUUCAAGCGGCAGCUGCUCAGGGCCGUACGGCCCGUCAAGAGGAAGGGCCGCGUGGAUCCGAGCCUCAGCGAAGGCGGCAGCGUGAACGUGAGAAUGGUGCGCGAAGGGGCCCAGCAGGAGCGAGCGCCGCAGGGGAGGGCGCCCCGCGACGUGGCCCCGCGGUGAACGGGGGGUCACGCAAAGGCCGGUACCGAAACGCUCUGUUCAGUUUGUUUGCAGCCAGGACCAUUUCUGUGCAUGAACGCUUGCAGUGCAGUUAAAAGCGGUGAAAUUGAUUCGAUAGCGAUAGACUUUUGUAUCAGUACCAGGUUGGAGAUGAUCCUCCUGGUGAUGUUGUAAUGAAGAAAAUUGCUUUUCUUGUCUGAAGGAGAUAAAUUCAGCAUAGGAAUGAAAUGAAAGCCUCUUGGUCAAAUAUCUCAGCAUGGAAAAUAACACUCUAUUAAAUAAAAUAACAAGGUAAUGGUCUUAAUUAUAUUUAAUUCAUAGCUUAUUAAGUCAACUUUAAUCUGUACAGUAUAAUAUUGUU